AGGGAGAACUGUUGGAAGAAUUCUCUCAGCAAGUGGACUGAAUCCUCAUCACCAGCAGAGUGUAUUUUUUCUCUAAAAGGUAAAUUGUCCAAAAGGCCAUAUUUGAAAGAGAACUAGAAGCAGAGACAAUUCUAGAAUGUCCUCUGCAUUGUUUUGUUCUCUAAAAUAUCUUCCAUUUUCAACUUCCUUCAUAUCUUUGAAUUUUACUUUCUGUGUUUCCAGGGUAUGUAGAUCAUUCUGCUAGGCAGCAUCAUCUCAUUGUUUUCUUGCUCUUCUUAUUUCUCUGCUUUACAGAUUUAUAGCAAUAAUUUGUCCUACAAGUAGUCUCCAGAGCAGAAACCAUUUUUGUUCUAUGCUUUGUUAAUAUAUAGAAUAUUGAUGUGUGAUGGGGUCUCUUAAACACAAGACUAAUGCAAAUAAAAGCUAAAACUAACAUUUAUGUUGAUUACGAUUUUUAUUUUAUUUUAUUUUAUUUUACUGUAUUUGAGAAAUGUGUGUAACCAUCACUUUACAACUGCAAAAUUCUGAGUUGGAUUGCAUGGCACUGCAGCAGUUGUUGUGUUGCAUUUAACCUGUCUUCUCUCUAACUAAACUUCUAUCACUUGUGAAUAUUUGUAGGCAUAGUGAUGUGUGAUAACCAGUGAUACCAUUGAUAUGGUGAAUCACCAAGAGAAAUACAGCUUAAAAAAUGCAUAUGUAGAAUGAGGAUAGCACUUUUUAGCCCAUUCCUCUUGGCCUAAUGUCAUGUCCCCAGUGUUGAGUGUGUCAUUGUGUCUGUGCAUAUAUGUGUGUCUGUGCAACCAGCAUUGUCUUAUUCCAAAAGCAUUCAUUUGCAGAUCUCUUUUAGUAUACAGAAUCUAAAAAAAUACAGUGUAUUUUUAUGGUGUUAGGCCCACAUCUGUCAAAGUACACUAAAGGAUAUUCCUUGUGCUUGUGAAAUAUUUAGUUAACAUCUCUGGUACUGUUUUAAGAUAUGGAGAACCAUUGUCAUAUUUGACUUUGCAUAUUCUCUUUCAUUCUUUUUUUGUUGGGUGUGAUUCAGAUUAGUUUCAAUUUUUUUUUUUUAAGCAUAAGGACUACCUUUUUUUUUUUUUUCCUUUUAAAACGUAGCAUUCCCAAACAAUCUUACUUCUCUGAGAGCUUGGGGCUUACUUUGACAACUGUCAAAAAUAAAUGCUAGAGUGUCUAGGAUACGGUCUCCAAAUGUUUGGUAGCACCUCCAAUUUGUUGGUGCUGCAGGUUUUCUUCAGACUCAUAUUUUAGUCUGCACUUAGUCUACAGUAAGUCUAAGAUACCCAAGGGCAAUACAGUAACAUCCCUGUAGAAUAUGCCUUUGAAGUCUGUCAGGCCUCCCUGCAUCCCGCUACCAGUCAUUCAAGUAGUUGGCUGGUACACGUUGACUGUUCUCUGUAUGAAUGAGCUCGCUGCAUUACAUUUUUAUGUUAUUACAAAAGAUUUACAUGGAUAGGAAGAAACAAAAAUGGCUGUAACCUCAACACUGAGACCUCCUACUGCAAAAUACGUUCAGCGUCACCCAUAUAGGCUUACCUGUAUCUAUAUUUCAUGCUAUGGAUUGCUAGCCCAUUUUGGUAUAUGGGGGUAAGAUGAGGAUAAAUGUUGUUCUGUAAAGAAUAUCAAAGUGUCUUUUUAUAAACUUUUCUGUGAUGAGGGAUUGGUUUUCCUCUGUGUUUAUGUUUACUUUUAUUAGCUGCUUGGUAUCAUCUUUAAGAUGUGUUUUGCCUUCUUUGUUCUUAAAAUGAGCAUCAAUUUAAAUAUCUGGUGCAGCAAAAAAAAUUAAGUGUCUAUGUUACUGAAAUAUUGUGACCAUGAAGUUGCAAAUAUGUUCAAGUACCAUGUGAAAAUAAAAUUACGGGAUCUUUUUUCUCUUUUUUUCCCCAGUGUUUUGGGUUUUUUUAAAGAAAAUGGGGACAGCAGGUGAACACAUGGAAAUAGAAUUGGAAGGGGUUUCCACUGAUGCUUUGCUAUCAUGUUAUUAAAAAAUUCAGUAAAGGAAAUUCCUUCCUUCCUCACAGUAGCUCAUUCCAAUGCUUCAUUGACUUUCUAGACAUAAUUUUUUUCUUGCAUCCCUGGUACACAUUCAGAAAUUUUUUUCUUAUUUUGUUAUCAGUGAAAUUGAAGAACUGAUCACUGGCAUUUCCUUGUUUGGAAAACAGGCAGCGUGUUUUGAUUGUUUUGCACUCCUUCAGUACUUUCUAUUAGAUAAGACUUAAUUCAUUGAGUAUGUUCUCAGGGGUAGUGGAAGAAUGAGUGCCUGAAAUUGCAAGCUGCAGUCAUAGCAACUGUCAGGUCUGUGACGUGACAUAUGCAGAUGCCAAUCUGUCUGUCUGUACAGAGUUGAUGGACUGCUUCAAACCGUCUUGUUCUGUGGAUACUUUGCCAAGGAAUCUGUCUUAUCCAAUAUUCUGCUAUGUGUAACCUUCUGUUCAAGUAGUUUUGGUCACUGUUUCAUAGCAUUGCAUUUCACUGUGUAAGGUUCUUGAAUGUAAAGGUUGAUUAUACUCCUAUCCUGCAACAAGUGUAUCACAGAGAUACAAUUCAAAGCCAGCAGAUCUGUAGCCUGGAAUGCUCUAGCAGUCACGAAAUCUUAAAUGUGCUUUGGACUUUUAUGUAGGAUCAAGUGUAACUUUUGCUGAAGAAUUGUGCUGGGAAAUGAAUAUUAAUUAGAUCACGGAUAAUCAUAAUGAACUUCAGGCAUGGUCCUUAAUGGUGCAAAACAAGGAAAAAGUUGCUGUCAAACAAAAGUUAAAGCCUUUCCAACUGUGACCUUGUUAUUUAGUUUGUUUCCCAGUUGGAUUUGUUACCUUCAGAGAGUGCAUCCUUGAGCAUGUGGAAUCAUAAGGAAGCAGACUCCCAUUGGAAGCUGAUGACAUUUUGCAUGGAAAAGGAAAUGCUGAAAGAGAACUGGAAGAUAAAUUAAUGAAGUAAUAUAUCUGUUAACAAAUGGGCUCUUAAAUCUUAGCACUUAUUUGACAGUAGUGCUUGUGAACGUGAUUUCAUUCAGUAGGUAACCAGUUUCUUUCAUCUCGUGGCCCAUUAAGCCUCUGGGAUAAAUGGUGUGCUACUACAGGCAUCGGUGAAAGGCAGCAAAUGGCAGCAAGGCUGCUUGUUAAUAACUGUUGCUGUACAAGGGGCAGCACCUCAACUGUAAAGUUCUUAGACAGUACAAAAACCUAGACGUGAUGAAAAACAUUCCUCUAAUGUCACCAGGUGUCAUAUGGCUUUAUUAUUCAGAAAGGAAAAGACAAAUAUGUAAGGCCAUGUGUUUUAAUAAUUGUUUUUAGAUGUUUCUGUUCAGGGUUUUAAUGGUUAAGGUUGCCAGCCCACUGUCUGUCUGUUUGAAUUAUAACCAGCUCCUCACAAAAUGUUACACAUUUGUCUCUAGAAAGAUUGUAGGGUUUUUUUUAUAUUCCAGCAGUUCAAUAGGUCAUGUUUUAAGAAAAGUUUCUCCUUUACAUCAAAGAAACUACCACAUUCUGGAUAGAUAAAAUAUUUACUGAUUUUUCUGUAUGGUCAAACAUUGGUUGCAUUUAAAAUUAGACCACACAGUGGGAUUAAAUUUCCAGAACCUCGUUUCUGAGUGUAACAUUAAAUGGGGAUUGUGUUUGGACAGUACUCUGACUUCUGUUACAGGGAAGGGUUAAAAAGGAAUCUCUGCACAUCUGAAAAAGUAGUCAGAAGAGAAGAAUUUGUUGUUUUGUCUUGCCUGCCUGAUUGUGGAUUAGGCUUCUGCGCUGUCUGCUUUUUCAUAUCAGAAGAAACAGGCUCCUGCUUUACAGGCAGAAGACAAACGUCUUGACUCCUAAGAAGAAAGCUGCUUUAUGACAAAAUAAACACAAAAUCUUCACCACAGAUCAGGAAUCCUCCAAGUGAUGCUGUACAGAGAGCCAAAGAGGUAUUGGAAGAAAUUUCAUGUUACCCAGAAAACAAUGAUGCAAAGGAGCUAAAGCGUAUUUUAACACAACCUCAUUUCAUGGCCUUACUUCAAACUCAUGAUGUAGUGGCACAUGAAGUUUACAGUGAUGAAGCGCUGAGAGUUACACCUCCUCCCACCUCUCCAUACUUAAAUGGAGAUUCUCCAGAAAGCGCCAACGGCGACAUGGAUAUGGAGAAUGUAACGCGAGUUCGACUGGUGCAGUUCCAGAAGAACACAGAUGAACCAAUGGGAAUCACUUUAAAAAUGAAUGAGCUGAACCAUUGCAUUGUGGCAAGAAUUAUGCACGGAGGAAUGAUUCACCGGCAAGGUACGUUACAUGUAGGGGAUGAAAUCCGAGAAAUAAACGGCAUCAGUGUGGCAAAUCAAACAGUAGAACAACUACAAAAAAUGCUUAGGGAAAUGCGUGGAAGUAUCACCUUUAAGAUAGUGCCAAGUUAUCGCACACAGUCUUCAUCCUGUGAGAGAGAUUCCCCCUCUACAUCCAGACAGUCCCCAGCUAAUGGCCAUAGCAGCACUAACAAUUCUGUUUCGGACUUGCCGUCGACAACACAACCAAAAGGACGACAGAUAUAUGUAAGAGCACAAUUUGAAUAUGAUCCAGCAAAGGAUGACCUCAUUCCUUGCAAAGAAGCUGGCAUCAGAUUCCGAGUUGGUGAUAUUAUCCAAAUCAUUAGCAAAGACGAUCACAACUGGUGGCAGGGUAAACUGGAGAACUCCAAAAACGGUACUGCAGGUCUUAUUCCUUCUCCUGAACUUCAAGAAUGGCGGGUUGCUUGUAUUGCCAUGGAGAAGACCAAACAGGAACAACAGGCCAGCUGUACUUGGUUUGGAAAGAAAAAAAAGCAGUACAAAGAUAAAUAUUUGGCAAAGCACAAUGCAGUGUUUGAUCAAUUAGAUCUCGUCACAUAUGAAGAAGUAGUAAAACUGCCAGCAUUCAAAAGGAAAACACUAGUCUUACUAGGUGCACAUGGUGUUGGAAGACGACACAUAAAAAACACACUCAUCACAAAACACCCGGACAGAUUUGCUUACCCCAUUCCUCACACAACCCGACCUCCAAAGAAAGAUGAAGAAAAUGGAAAAAAUUACUACUUUGUAUCGCAUGACCAAAUGAUGCAGGAUAUAUCAAACAAUGAAUAUUUGGAAUAUGGCAGCCAUGAGGAUGCAAUGUAUGGGACAAAACUGGAAACAAUACGGAAGAUCCAUGAGCAGGGACUAAUUGCAAUACUUGAUGUAGAACCUCAGGCGUUGAAGGUCCUGAGAACUGCAGAGUUUGCUCCUUUUGUUGUUUUUAUUGCUGCACCUACGAUUACCCCAGGCAUUAAUGAGGACGAAUCUCUUCAGCGCCUGCAAAAGGAGUCUGAAAUCUUACAGAGAACAUAUGCACACUACUUUGACCUAACCAUUAUCAACAAUGAAAUCGAUGAAACAAUCAGGCACCUGGAGGAAGCCAUUGAGCUCGUUUGUACAGCGUCGCAGUGGGUGCCGGUCUCCUGGGUCUAUUAGGCCGCACGCGAGAUCAUUUACAAAGCCUGGCGUUACUGGGAACCACCUCAUACAUGGAAAACCUCUUCGUUAUUGACCUUGUGUCAGCAGGUCUUGGCCCCUAGAGACUACCUAGAUGUAGUGUGACCUAAAUUUAUAAUUAUUGUCAUGUCCUAAUAGAUAGGAGGAGGGGAAAAAAGAAAAAUUAAACACUAAUUUAAAGAGACAGUAUCUUUUUUUUUAAUCAUUUCUCCUAAAAUUUAAUAAAGUGUAUCUUUAAAUGUAUGUAUUAUUCAGUCCUUUGGAAUGUUAUAUUUUUGGAAAUCAUAGCUUUUUAUUUCAAGGGCCCCUAAAAACUGCACAAAAUAGAUGCUGCUUUCUAUAAUCUAUUUUAAUAGUAAUAAUAAUAUGAUUCUGUUACCUUAACUUGGGGGUGGAACACUACAUUCUUUUUAGAGUCUGAUUUUGUGGAUCAGAAUACUUUCCUUUAUUUAUUUGAAAUAAUCAGCCUAGUGGUUACGAAACAAAUUCAUAAAUUUUAAAGGCCUUUCUUUGCUUUUUUUUUUUUUUUUGCUUUUUUUUUUUUUUAGGGUAGUAUUUUUAAGUACUUUUGUGUAACAUCCAGAUAAUGUGAUACUGUCUCUUUGAAGAACUCUGUAAAACUUCUGUUAGGAAUUUGCAAUUGGGUCUUGACUCUUAAUGCAUGUGGACAGUCGCAAGCGUUCAUGCCGUUGGUGUAUCUGUGUUGAAAAAAAAAACUGUAAUCUACAGCAAAGUACAUUCCGUUCAUGGGAAAACGUACCCAAGGGAAUAAAGUGAAAUAUUAUUCUGACUAAGUUGUAAACCUAUGCACAUCCCUUGCAUUUUGGGCAACUUUAUAAAAAAAAAAGAAAAAAAAAGAAAACUGAUUUUUAUUAAUAAUAAUCAUGUAGUGAAACGUGUUUGUAAUUUUGUCUCAAUUUAAUUUGUUGUAAGGUGGGAGGGGGCAGUUACUGGUUUCACCAUUUCAGAUCUGUGUUGUCUGAGAGUAUUAACGUUUUAAUUAAGUUUAAGCAAAGAAAUGCUGAUUUUUAAUAUGUAUGUAAUUGUUUAAAAAUGCACACAUUUUAAAAGAAAAUACUGUGCAAUGAAGAAACCAGUUUAGGCAUUGCGGUAAACUUGACUAUUCCAAAAGACUCAUCUAAAACAGCCCUGUAAAUUCCUUCAAAAUGGUAAUUGACGCUACAGUCUGACCAAGUUUUUUUAUUUUAAAUAUACUUCCUUUUAUGUGUUCAACAA